AUGGCUGUGGGUGACAAGGCCUACUGGACUGCGUUCUCCCUGCAUCAGAGAGUGGAGGGGGAAAGGACCCUGGGGUGUCCUUUGCCAGUACUGUGUCCACAGGCUCUGAGCCCUUUGUACCUCACUGCAGCAGACCUGCAGAAACUAGGGCUCACCUGCUUCUAUGACAACGCACAGCUGGCAGCCUGGGCAGACGUCCUGUUCCUCUGCUGCCUGCCAUCGCACCUGCUGUCCAUCUGCUCUGCAGUGCAGCCGGCCAUCCGGAAACCCUGCAUCAUGUACAGCCUCAUCACUGCUGUCCCUCUGCCCAGGUAAAAUUUGAAGCAACUCCUUUGCUACAAUGCCAUCGUGAGGCCACAGUAGUGUCCUGGCAAGGAGCCUUUAAAGGAGUGGGGGACGAAGGGGACGGUCACAGAGGCACUGCAAGACCUUGCUGUUGUGCAGGCAAUGUGCCUCAACUCCCAAGCAAAAAUAAAAGUCAAUGGCAAAUGGCUGGUGGGCAUUUUCUAUGCAGCACUGAACAGCAGCAUGUGGCAGAGCCUGCCUCACCAGGAGGCACUGGCAUUGCUCAGUGACCUUGAAUACUGCCACAUCUGUGCAGAGCAGAAAGCUUCCUGCACACAGUUUACAUGCAAGAGUUUUGUCAGCAAAAGUUUUGCCUCUUCAAUGACUCAGGAAAAGUAAGUAAAGUGUUAGAUGCUGAGGUACUGCUCUCCCAGGCUCUCUCUGUGUUCUAAAACUCGCCAUGUCCCACAGCUGAAGCAUGGGGUUGUCUUGCUGGGUGGGAAGGUGCUGAAAUGUGUGUUGCCCUUAGGAACCAUAUUCCUGUCAGGAAAGAUUGCUUUAGAUCUGCUAGAAAUAAAAGACCUGAACUGUCAUCACUGGAUUGUUUUGUCCUG